UAACACUUUGACAGUCCGCCAACGAAAAAAUAUAUAUAUAAUUUUCUGUGUCCACUCCGGUUUGAGUGUUGCAUUUUAGUAUUGGACGACAUUUUUGUGUCUUUCAUUUGAUUUUUUUCGCUAUCAAAACCAGAAACCAUUUCAACCGUCCGUACAUUUGACCAUAUAGCCUUUGUUCAAUUUCAAUAAAGUGUGUAUAAAUCGGAGUUUCAAGCAGUGAAUUAUGAUGCCGCCAAAGCCGAGGAUGUUGAGCAUACACACAGCAGAGUUAAAACCGCAACAAUAACAGCUAAAAUGCCGCCAAAGCCGAGGUUUGCCGACGGUGAGAAGGUGCUGUGUUUCAAUGGUCCAUUGUUGUAUGAAGCCAAAGCAUUGAAGAGUAGCAUCGCUAUGGGCAAACAAGUGGUAUAUUUAAUACAUUAUGUUGUAUCGGAUGAAAAGAAAUGGGUUACCGAAAAUUGUGUUCUCAAAUUCAAUGACGCCAAUUUAUACUUACAAAAGGUUAUAUCUGCUGAGAAUAAGAGAGUCACAGCUUCAAAGCAAAAGAAACCAGAUGCAUCGGGCAAAGACAGCGAUUCAGACGCAUCUACACCAUGGAAAGAGGUGACAGCGGCCGAUCAAUCGUUGUCGACUUUUUCUAACACACCGUCGACAUCGCGAUGUCGAGAUGCACCAAAGCCAGCAUCAGCCACAUCAGUCACUGGUACACCGAACCAAUGACGCCCGAGUUAAAACAAGGUGGAUCUGAACGAGAUAGCCGAGAUGAGGGGCCAAAGACAAUUAUGUUGAAGGCAAAUAAUGGUCAAAUCUUCGAAUCAAAUGUAAACGAAGUUAUGAGAGCACUAGAAGCAGUGAAAGUUGAAGUCGCUAGGCCAAUCUCCGUAGCCGAAAUAAACGAACCAAGUGGUAUCCAACAUAUAUAUGAAUUCAUGAAGCAAAAAAUAUGUUGUCUUCCGCUUAUUUUAAGAAAAAUCUACUCAUCAAAAGUGAUGGCUAUUUGGCAACGAGUGACAAAAAAGUAAUUGAACUAGUACAAUCAUCUUGCACAUUUCUAUUGUAUUUUGACCAAGUUUAUGUGUAUGCAACAUGUGUAGGACUUUCUCCAAUAUUUGGUGAAAAAUAUCAGCAUUUAUUUUAGUAUGCAACACUUUGUGAAUGUGAUACCGGAGUAUUCACGAAAGGUACAAUAAACAAACCAUUGACAAAUCUAUUGAAAAUAUCGAUAAGAUAAGAUUUAAUAUGUUAGGUUUCAAAGCAAAUGAAAGAUAAAUAUUUUUUUUUCUUGUUUCUUCCACUCAUAAAAAAUGGAGCAAUGCAAAAAAACUAUGAAAUAAAAAAAAUAAGAAAAAAAAAUUGUUUUCACACGGAAUCGAACCUGAGACUUUCAGUGUCAUGCACCGUAAGCGUAGCCACUGAACCAAUGCAAUGCUUAAAAUUUUGAGGCACCAAAUGGAUAACUUGAAACUCAUGGUAUUCAUAAUUUGUAUAUACGCAAUUAGAUGAACUAAUACAAAUGAGAAAUAAAACGUGUUUUUGUGCAUAACAUUCCAUUUCCAAUAAUCAGAACACAAAUACAGCCAUAGCAUAUAGAUUAUAGCGAUUAUAGAACGUAACAUCAUCUAUACGUAAUAUACAUCUGUGAUUUUCAUAGUAGGAACAUUGUUUUGUCAACGACUAUACGUUGUAAUGGACAAGUAUAUAAACAUGGCGUCGUCCAAAUGAAUUUAAAAAUCCGUCCACUCGUGUCGACUAUAUCUAGCACGGUAGUAGGGAUUUCAUUGCUGUGAAAAUAAAUGAAUAUAUUAGCAGAGAACGGGGUGAAUCGCCGCACUUUUUGGAGCCUAAUAUCUCGACAAUUAUGAUAAAUAAUCGUUCGAAUUGAAUUUCUAAAAACUCUAAAAUACUAUUU